AUGAGAAUGGCAGACACUGCUGUACAGAAGGUUGGAAAGCCCCAAUUGCGAGGCUUGCUGCAAUCCUACAUCAAGCGUCACAUCAUGAUUGGAGGUGUGCUUGCAUUUGCAUCACUUGCAGCCUGGAAGGUGUUGGUUGCCGAUGACAGGAAGAGGAAAUAUGAUGAUUUCUAUGAGAACUAUGAUGCAGAGAAGGAUUUUGAACGUAUAAGGAAGCUGGGUCACUUCCGGGGAGCUUUGAGUCGCCGAGGUGUCCCCUUAACUUCAUCUAAUCGCCUGCCAAGCUUCCGCCCACCUCGGGAUCUCACACUCACCCCAAAGGUGUUCAGUGUGAGCCCAGGAACCAAGCCAAAGCGAGUUUUCACUCCUAAUCUCCCAUCAAGGAGGGACCGUUCUCGACCUGCUGAGGAACCAAGUCGAACCCCUCGUGAACGACCAGGCGAUAGAGAUGGUGGGCGAGGCAGGAGAGGUGGAACUAGGGGACGAGGUGAUGGGGCCCGGGGUAAGGGACGAGGCAAGCCUGAAUUGAUCCAGACAACAGGUUCCGUGUUUGGAGAAGGGAUAGCUGCGUCUGGUGAAUCGGUUGCCCGCAGAGUCAACAUCAAAGUGGAGAAGGAUUCACCUGUUCCCCUGAUGAAAUCGAAGCUGAAUCUUUCGGAUGUGAAGGACUUGGACAAGGCCGAAGAGGAUAUGAUGCUUAGGGAAUUGCUGCGUGAUGACUUCGUCGAUGAUCCCAGUGCUACACCUGAUGACAAGGAUGUUCCUGUAUAUCUCCCCAUGGGCCAAACAGUACACGUGUCUCAGAAUGGAAAGACUGAAAGAGACAGUGGGCUGCUGGUCUUCGUGGCAAGAAAAAAUUCCGGCUGUCUCUUCAAGGAAGAGAGCAUUAAAAAUGAGAGGCAUCCACCUGUGAUCAAGAGGGAGAGGUUAGAAGAGGAGGCAGAAGAAGAAGAUGUGAAGGGGAAGAAGCCAUUGAUCUCCUCAAUUGAGGAACCCAAGGCAGCAGAACCAGCCCUUAAAAGGCACAGCCCUGAGCUACCCCCAGAAACAUCCCUCCUGGACCUCAUUCAAAACCCUCCAUCUGAUUUCCUCUUUCUCCAGCUUCCAGAUUCUUUGCCUGGGCUGAGUCUCCUAUCAAAGGAGCACCGAGUGAAACAAGCACCUGGAUUGACACCUGGUGCCAAGAAUGAAACCCCAGGGACUUCUAAAGAAGCCAUGGAGGAUACAGAGAUGAGAUGUACUUUAAAAGAUCUGCCUGAGGGUCAGCUUGGGGUACUCAAGGUGCGCAAGUCUGGGAAAGCUGAUUUGGUGCUCCAAGGUCACAUCCUACAUGUUGAAAUGGGAACUCAAGUUGGGUUCCUACAGGAUCUGGCAGCAGUGACAUUGAGUGAAGAUGAGAAAAGUGGAGAUAUGAACACAUUGAGCCGUGUGAGACACCGGCUUGUGUUAGCUCCCGACUGGGAGAGCCUCCUUCAAUCCAAGGACCAAGCCAUGGAUACAUCAAAUAGGUAGCAGAGGUCUUCAAACGAGUCUCGAUUCCAAAUGCCUUCCAAUGUGAUAGCCAAUGCUGAUUCUUCAUGAAUCAUGCUCUCCCAUGUCAUCUUGAAAUAAAAAAAACAAGUGGGCUACUCCCAGCAAUAUA